CCUGAGUACCCCGAGCCGGUGCCCCGUCCACGCCCCUCCGGGCCGCGCGGCGGGCGUCCUCGGGGAGCUAUGCUGAAGCCGGGCGGUGCGGAGGACGCCGCGCAGCUGCCCCCCCGGCGCGCCCGCGCCCCUGUGCCCACGCUCGCGCCAGGCCCCGUGGCCCCCGACGGCGCCCGGGCUUCUUCCCGCCUCGGCCUUGCCUGCCUGCUGCUGCUGCUGCUGCUGACGCUGCCGGCCCGUGUAGACACGUCCUGGUGGUACAUCGGGGCACUGGGGGCCCGAGUGAUCUGUGACAACAUCCCUGGUCUGGUGAGUCGGCAGCGGCAGCUGUGCCAGCGUUACCCAGAUAUCAUGCGCUCAGUGGGCGAGGGUGCCCGAGAAUGGAUCCGAGAGUGUCAGCACCAGUUCCGCCACCACCGCUGGAACUGCACCACGCUGGACCGGGACCACACUGUCUUUGGCCGAGUCAUGCUCAGAAGUAGCCGGGAAGCAGCAUUUGUAUAUGCCAUCUCAUCAGCGGGGGUGGUCCAUGCUAUCACCCGUGCCUGUAGCCAGGGUGAACUGAGUGUGUGCAGCUGUGACCCCUACACCCGUGGCCGACACCAUGACCAACGUGGGGAUUUUGACUGGGGUGGCUGCAGUGACAACAUCCACUAUGGUGUUCGCUUUGCCAAGGCCUUUGUGGACGCCAAGGAAAAGAGGCUUAAGGAUGCCCGGGCCCUCAUGAACUUACAUAACAACCGCUGUGGUCGCACGGCUGUGCGGCGGUUUCUGAAGCUCGAGUGUAAGUGCCAUGGCGUAAGUGGCUCCUGUACUCUACGCACCUGCUGGCGUGCGCUCUCAGACUUCCGCCGCACAGGUGACUACCUGCGGCGGCGCUAUGAUGGUGCUGUGCAGGUGACGGCAACCCAGGAUGGUGCCAACUUCACAGCAGCCCGCCAAGGCUACCGCCGUGCCACCCGGACUGACCUUGUCUACUUUGACAACUCCCCAGAUUACUGUGUCUUGGACAAGGCUGCAGGUUCCCUAGGCACUGCGGGCCGAGUCUGCAGCAAGACAUCUAAAGGGACAGAUGGUUGUGAAAUCAUGUGCUGUGGCCGAGGAUAUGACACAACUCGAGUCACCCGUGUCACCCAGUGUGAAUGCAAAUUCCACUGGUGCUGUGCAGUGCGGUGCAAGGAGUGCAGAAACACUGUGGACGUCCAUACUUGCAAGGCCCCCAAGAAGGCAGAGUGGCUGGACCAGACCUGAACAUAUUAAUACCUCACUCAUCCCUCUACUUCAAACCUCCUGACUCAAAAGCACAAGAUCUUUGCAUGCACACCUUCCUCUACCCUCAACUCUGGGCUGCUACAGUUUCUAUUUAAGGACUUGGAGAAUAAUCCAGAAGGACUCUAGUGUCCUGACUGGUUCCUUAGCCCUAGGAAGGAGUUGACAGGGGAUGUAAGAAAUUGAAUGGCUCCCUGACUGCCCCCUCCAGAGGUUAGAAGGGACAGUGGAAGAGGUAGGGGUCUUCGGAGUUAUAUAAGUUGCACUAAAGCACAUGGUCAAGGCUCAUUUUUCCUUUCUUUUGUACCGGCUUCCUGACACUUCUUAUGUGUGCAAGAGGAAGGGUACCUGGAGAGAGCUUCUUUGUGUUCCUACCUGACUGAGAGUAGACGGGACAGAGAUGCAACCACAUCUCUUCCCUGGGUCAAUUUGAGCAGACUGCCUGGUACCCCAAAAGAAACUCUUAGGCUACGACCUUCCUCCAUUAUCAAGAACCUGGGAUUGCUAGAUAAGAGUUAGCCAUAGUGUACAAGGUUCCAUUCACAUCCUCAUAGGUUUUAUAAACUGCUGUAUUUUGUAGGGGAAAAAGUUAUAUAACUAUACACACAUACAUUUCUCUUCCAAUCUCCCUCCUCUUUUCAACCUAUAUCAGACAGCACAUUGCUCACUCCCCUUUUGCUCACUUGCUGCCUGUUCAAACCCAGGGGCAUGGAGUGGUUCUUAGCCUAACAUAUCAUUAGAAUACCCUAGAACACUCCUGAGAAAGAAUAAUUUAGCAAACUUGCCUAGGCCUUGGGAUUUAUUACUUUUUAAGUUUCCAUGCAUUAUUCUGGAGGUCAGCCAGGUUUGGGAAACCCUCAGUAAAAAGGUAUGGGAUUCAUGGGGGGUGGGAGAGGGUAACCGGCCUAAUCUCAAGGGCCCCACAUGAGUCAUCCGUGUAUACUAAGCAGGUUGGGAACUCUGGCUCGGCCAGUUUUUAGGAGAGGAUCCUGGUCUUUGAAGCUAGGAAUGGAAGCCAGUGGCUACAGAGGAAAGAAUUGCUGGGGCUUGGGGCCAAAGUGGUAAACAGCUUUAAAAGCAGCCUUUCCCCAUUUAUUCAACAAAUUUUUAUUUACUGACUCUCCAAGUCCUGGUGAUUAUUAUUGUUCACUCCAUCUUUGGCUUAAUAGGGGAAUUCCUUCUAUGCUACUACCCACUGCCUAAUUAAGCUUGCAGUAGUGGAGUCUCCAGAGAUGGUAGGCGUAGUUAGUAAGCUAGAGGAGAGGAUACAGAGUCCCAAAAACUAUGAUGUCCUAUCUUUCUGUGACUUGGACAAUGGCUGUCUCUGCCUGGUGAUAUUUUAAAAGACCAGAGUAGCAUAGAAAUUUGCAGUUAUGACAGACUUGGAUUGAAAUCACAGAUGUGAGAUUUACUGUUUUUGAUAUUUUGAGCAAAAUACCCAAAUUCUCUGAGCCUUUAUCGUCUCAUCUGUAAAACGAGGUUAUAAACUUAUUCCACAUAUUCAGUUUUAAUUAUGAACCCAAUUCCAGCCAACAGAUGCUCUUACCAAAGUCCCUAACUGGUCUAGCCCAUCAUGACAUCUCUUGGAACCUUCCAUUGAGAACCGUAAAAUAUUGACAGCAGGCUGCAGAUUAAGGGGCCCACACACGGAAUUCUGAAUAUAGGGGCACUCCUCCUUUCCAAGUUCCUCUCCAACAUCCCUUGGGGUCCUCACGUGUUUGUGGAGCAGCUUCACUCUGCACAGGCAGCAGAAGGAUGGGGGAGUCAAGCUCUGGGCCAUGGGGGCAGAUUUAUUUGGAUGAUAGGACUAAUAUUUGUGUAACCUGCUGAGACCUGUGUGGGAGAGUUUAGGGUGGUUUUUCUUUUGGUGAGGGGUUUGCUCCGGUUUCACAUCUAUUAACACAAAACAUGAGCUAGUCAGGGCCCUUGUGGUCUGCGGUGAGGGGAUUCCUGUGGAGAAAUGGGACUGAGUGAGUCAGGCCAGGGGAAUGUCUUCCUUGCAGAGUAGAGUCAACUGGAUAACUGAUGAGCCAAUGGUGGGAUUAGGGAGGGGGAAACAGGAGGGGAAGAGAAGAGCUUCUGACAUCUUGAGCUGGGAUGAGGAGGAAGAAAGCCUUGGGGUAGUGGGAAGGUGAGAGGGUCAUAGUCAGUCUGAAUCAAGAAUAGAGCUGAUGGAAUCUUGGUCUUGGUCAGCCCCUGCUCUCACAAGAAUGCUCGGCUUACCACAUCAUUGAGAGGGAGGCAUUUCUGGGACUUCAACCCAGGUUCAAUCUGCCUGUGUUCUGUCACCUAUUCCUUUUCAGUUCCUUCCCUGUGGAAGGAGCUGGCAUCUCAUUAUUGCUCUGUGCUUCUCCUAGCCUCCAAUUCUAGUUUGUAGAGGUCCAAGUUUUACAAUUUCCUAUAAACGAUUAAGAGAAGAACAAGCUGUCCAGAGAGUAAGAUAUUUGAACAGAGGAGUGGACAGUGAGAGAAAAGAGGUCCAUGUGAGUCCCACUACAGAGGCUAUGUGGUCCCAAGAAGGAAUGAUGGCCAAACAAGUAAUUUUUCCUCUUAUUUCUUAGCUUGCCUCUGCAUUCUGAUUGGCUUUAGACAACUGGCAUCCAUUCUGCAAUAAACUAAUUUAUUUGAAACAAGCAGCAAAAGGAGAGCUGCAUUUGGUGCAAUCAGGGCUCCAUUUGGUUCUGCUGUCACCCACUCAUUGCCUCUAACCCCCUCUCCUACCCCUUCUCUGGUCAAUAGAGGUCUGUCCCUCUUGCAGCUGUCCCCUAGCCCCUCUCCUCUCGGACACUCCUUCAUGUCAGUCCUCAUUUCUUCACACUUUUAAUAUUUAGUAGAAUGCAUUGCAGAAAGUGCUAUUUGGAUACAAAGUUAACUUCAAAGACAUCAUCUCCAUCCUUUAAAAGUCUUAGCCUCUUUUAGAGAAGGCACAUGGCUGAAGUACCUCGGCUGCACAGCCUGUGGCCAGUUUCCAUCACGUACAAGUAAGAAAGCCAGCCUUAACCUAGUCGUGCAGAUAAGAGCCAAUGUCUGUUAUUGCUAGCCUUGAAUAAUAGCACAAACCUAUAUGCUUUCUUAGAACGAUGCUGGAAAAAUGAAAUCAGGGACUUGGGAUUAUUUUUUAAAAAUUAAACACUGCCUGGCCCUGAACGUCUGUUUGUAGAAAAUCUUAUAGGUCUGACUCAUGACGACUCAUGGCCUCAUUUCUCUUCCUCCCUACUGCAGAGAGUAAUUUCUUCUCCUUUUUCUUACCUCCUGUAGUAAGAACACCAACCCCUAAGUCUUUUGCCAAAUUCUCAGAUCCACUCAGGACAUUGGUUUCUACAUGGCUUAACAGAAGAGAGAUAAUCAGGAUUUUUUCCCUCUCAGUCUUUUCUGAGGUUUUUAAACACUCUCAGUGGUCAUAGGGCAGAAGCCCAAGGGAGGACACCAGGGAGAGUAUGUUUCUCAUCCCUGGGAGGCCGUCAGCCUUGCUCCUGCAGCCAAAUUACAGCACCAGAGAAUAAUGUGAUGCAUUCCUGGGCAGGUCCGUGGGACCCUGGGCUCCUGGGCCUUGUGGAGAGAGGUGCCAGACACAGAGCUCUCCGUAAGCAAUCCUGCAGAGCCGCCCCCUGGGUGCAGAAAUGAAAUACGGGAAAGCUUCACAUUACACGGAGACCUGUAGCUCACACCUGGUUAUUGAUGGCCUUGGCAGAGGCCUCUGCCCCCACUUUCCACUUAGGAAAUGCUUGCUACUAUGGGAGUUGGGCACCUUUGAAGCAAUGUUGGAAAACAAGAAAGAUGCUUCC